CAAAAAUUCACGGAACGUCAAGAGUAUCCGGUGAGGAGGUUGUUGUGUUUGAGUGAGAGUUGCUUGGUGGAACGAGAUCCGGCCAGUUAUGCGGUGGUGUGUGCGAGACAACUCAAAUCGAUAGUUUGUUUGCAUCGUGACGAGAAGGAUCCACAGAAGUUUGUGGUGGAAUACGAUACGGGCGCAUCAAGAUGCUAUGCAGCACCUGAGAGGAGUGGGAGAAAAUUUUGA